AUGGCGAACGCUGAGAACCAGAAGGCGUCCGCGCUGAACUCCCUUCACUCGGUCGAAACAAACAUCACACCCCCAAACAGCGCCGAUGGUAAGAAAAAUGCUUCCGAAGGUGUUCCCUCAGAAUUGUCGGACCUCGACUUGGACCAUAAUGCAGCAGCGCCAUCUGUGGAGGCUGUUGAACAGGACAUCGAGCCGGAUUACUUCUACGAGGGAGGAAGAAUACCCGUCUUCAAGCCGACUAUGGAUCAAUUUCGCGACUUCCAGGCUUAUGUUCAGAAAAUUGACAAGUACGGCAUGAAGUCCGGUAUAGUCAAAGUGAUCCCGCCGCAAGAAUGGAGGGAUUCUCUCCCAGCACUUGAUGAAGCUGUCAAGAGCAUUCGGGUCAAGAAUCCAAUUAUGCAGGAAUUCCAUGGCGCCCACGGUACCUACACUCAGGCCAACAUCGAGAAGCAGCGAUCAUAUAACCUCCCACAAUGGAAAGCCUUGUGCGAGGACGGUAGCCACCAGCCCCCUGCAAGACGAGGCGAGCGUCGCCGCAACCAAGAGAAAGUUCCUCGCCCCGCCAUUGUCAAGUCUCAAACCGUUCGGUCAACCUCCCAAAAGCGCGGACCAGGUCGUCCACCGAAAAGAGCGAAAGAGCCCAAGAUUAAAGAAGAAUCGCCUGCGGAGGAUCGGUCGGAGAGAUCACGAUUAGAAGGCCCGCCGACGCCGGUAUCCCCAGAAUCAAACCCAAUCGAGACUAAAACGGAGGAUCUCAGUGACGGAGAGGAGCUUCCGGCUGCGAAACGUAAAGGGAGACAGCCGAAAUCCGUAUCGUCGCGAAGGAAGCACAACCAUGGCGAGGCCAUGGAUCAAAUUGACGAAGAGGCUUUCAAGGACUUUGAUUACCGCAUUCACGAUAACGAUGAAUACACCGCCGAGAGAUGCGAUGAGUUGGAGACUGCCUACUGGAAAUCGCUAAUGUUCAAUAACCCUAUGUACGGGGCCGAUAUGCCUGGAUCGCUCUUCGACGAAUCAACCACGUCUUGGAACGUAGCAAAGCUGCCCAAUUUGCUCGACGUUUUGGGCCAGAAAGUGCCUGGUGUCAACACGGCCUAUCUAUAUCUCGGGAUGUGGAAAGCGACCUUUGCCUGGCAUCUGGAGGACGUGGAUUUAUACAGUAUCAACUAUAUUCAUUUUGGUGCCCCGAAACAGUGGUACAGCAUUUCUCAGGAGGAUGCUCCACGGUUUGAAGCGGCCAUGAAGAGUUUUUGGCCAAGUGAUGCGAAGAAUUGCGACCAAUUCCUCCGCCACAAGACAUACUUGGUUUCCCCCAGCAUUCUGAAGUCCCGAUUUGGCAUCUCCGUAAACAAAGUUGUUCACUAUGAGGGCGAGUUUAUGAUCACGUAUCCAUACGGAUAUCAUUCUGGGUUUAACCUGGGGUAUAAUUGCGCUGAGUCGGUCAAUUUUGCCACUGAAAAGUGGCUGGACUAUGGACGCAUGGCGAAGAAAUGCAACUGCGAGUCCGACAGCGUCUGGAUUGACAUUGCAGAUAUUGAGCGGAAGCUGCGAGGCGAGCCCACACCGAACUACUAUGAUGACGAUGACAUUGAUAGUUAUCUCAGUGAGCUCGAUGGUGCCUCUGAUCUUCUCACUCCGCCUCGUAGUGUGCCCGAGAAAUCUGGUCGUGGUAGGAAGCGCAAGCUGGAGGGUGGUGAACCGCGCUCGAAGCGUGUCCGCAUCCAGAACCACGACGUUCGAAAGAUUCCCUGUGUUCUGUGCCCUAAUGAUAUGGAUUAUGAAGAUCUGCUGCCCACAGAAGAUGGCAAAUCGCAUGCACACAGACGGUGUGCCACUUACAUUGAAGAAACGACGAUUCUCCGCGAUGAGUCUGGACGGGAAGUUGUUUGUGACAUUGACAGGAUCCCUAAAGCCCGCCUGGGCCUUAAGUGCUUGUUCUGCCGCGAAGUGCGCGGGGCGUGCUUCCAGUGCAACUUCGGGAACUGUACGCGGGCGUACCACCCCACCUGUGCCCUUCUGGCUGGAGUGCAGGUUGAGUUUGGGUCAAUCCUGGUGAUCGCAGACAGUGGCCAGCAGUACUAUGUGCCUAGCGUUGACCUGAAGUGUAAAUAUCACCGGCAGAAGCGGCUUGGUCCGUCGGAGACGCCUGACGAAAGCCGCAAGGUGCUCCAGGCGGCCAGUCGGCUGUCGAUGGGCGACCUGCUGCAGUUCCAAGCAGACAAGGAGAUCAACGGCGCCAUCGUGCUGGAAAACCGGCCUGUCGAGCGCAUGCUGAGGCUCAAGGUGCUUCCCCGCGGCGACAUCCUCGAGCUGCCGUACCGGUGGAUUCUCGUCGUCCGCAAGACCAACUUCGCACCGCUGCCUCCAGGCACGCAGCCAUUGCCUGCGCACCUGGUGCGCAAAGCUGAGACGCGCCGGGAUCCGUCAGGGACGGCGCCGUUGCCGGGCACUCCGUUUGGCGACGCCAACGCGCGCUUCCAGUGGGCGGAAUUCGAGGCAGCACCGCUGCCGCGCGAGGCGAUUGGCGUGCCGGUCGACAUUGCCGGCGGCAGGGCCGAGCAGCUGUGGUAUUAUCUGGGAGAGUCGUCGACGGAAUGUAGGGCACAGUUCACGCACAACCCUAGUGUGACGGUCCACAAUCCGCGGUCGAAUUUCUUGGAGAGCGCAAAGGCUAGCGCGGGCCGCUUUCGCCUGCCCCCCUCCUCCUCGGGCACUGCUCCCCCCCACCACCUCCAUGCCCCUCCAAACACAACGCUUCCUCGUUCUUCUUCGUCAUUGCAGCGCCGCUCCCCAAACACUGCAAUGACUCCUGCCUACCGACACCUGCCGCACCAUCACACCACAAAUGCCAAUUCCACCGCUCAUUUCUUCCCUGCCAAUGCCGUGCGCGCCAACCCCUAUGCUGGCUUCCAGAAGCCCCAGCCCGACCCGCCGACGAAUACCUUUGCCAAUGUGCGCGAGUUGAUCGCUCGCCGCCGCCUGGCGCAAAUCACCGAGCACGCAAAUGUUUUCGCCGGGUACAGAAUCGUCAGCCCCGAGCUGGUCGUGGAAACCCUCUUGGGACCCAUGGGCUCUGUGCCGCCUCCAAACGCCAUGGAAAAAUUGGAAUUGGCCAUGGCCCAGCAACGUGUCCAGCCGAGGGCCCUGGAUGGCACCCUGCUGCCGCCUCAACCGCUCAACAUGCGGUCGGAAGAGGUCACCCGCUUACUGCAAAUGCUACGCUUCUCCAUUGUCAGCCAUCGCGAACGCCUCGACGUUAUUCCCAAGCGAGAGUCCGACUACCCCAAACAAGAGCCAUUCGAUCGCCCGAACUACGCCGCCGGUCGGGUGGCUGGGAGGUACGCGUAUCUGGAGCAACAACAGGCCCAGACGCCGACCGUGUAUCGAUCCCCAUACGAGUCGCCCUUUGGAGUGUCGGAAUGGGCCAAGAAGGAAUACAAUCUUGUCGAAGAGGAGCCGGCCUCCAAACCGUCGCUGGCCAACGACUAUUUCGCGUCGUUAUCACCGGCCGACCAGGAAAAAAUCGUCAAGGCCUGUGGCAGCUGGGUGCAGGAACGCAUUGUGGAACGACCGCCCAGCCACAGCCGGCAGAGUUCGACGUCGAAUUUCCGCCUGUCGACAGUUCUUGCCCAACAGAACGACAAUCCGACCAUCGACAUCACCGCUGUCGAUGAUUUGCCGAUGAAUGGCAUGGAUCGGUUAGAUCGGCUCGAUCGCUUGGAUUUCCCACUACAUGCCGACUCACCGGCGUCUAGCUUCAGUCGCCCUCACUUGGUCGGUUUCCCAUCACCGCAUGACUUCAACAGUCAUGGGGAUCAUGAUUCCUCUAUUGUUCCUCGACAUCUCUCAGACCAUCACGACCUUUUCGGAGACCAACAAGCCAAUACUCGAUUCUGGCAACACGGGCCUUGGGCUCCAGCCGGUGACGGAACAACGCCUAUAGAGGAAAACCGACCGUUCUUUGGGCCUCACGAACGACUUAAACAUGACUACGCCUCCUCUGAACUCUCUCUAGGGCGGGGUCCCGGAUCCCUUCACUCGGUUGACAUGGCUGGGUUUGGUAUGGAUACUACGGAAGAUCUUUGCGAUGCCCUCAGCCCUUGA